AAACAAACCAGAUAAACUCUAAAUGGCUAGAGUUCCUUACAAGCAUCUUGUUCUUGCUGCUUUUUUCUUCUUCUUCAUCUCCUCAACUGCUGGAGCACGAAAUCUACCGGCGGCCAAAGAAACUGAAAAACCCCAUGAUCAUCAAAAGCUUACAUUAACAAAAGAUGAAGUAGAAACUACUAUUAGCGUUGACGAACUAGUCUCUAUGGACUAUACUCCAGCAACGAGAAAGCCACCGAUCCAUAAUUAAUUGGCAGAUUUUGUAAAAACAAGUACUAUUUGGUUUAGUUUAGUUUUAGUUCAGCUCUUUAUUUCUUUCUUUCCCCCUUGAUCCUGCUUCUGUUUUUGAGUGCAUGUAUAUAUAGUAGAAGGGAUAAUGCAAUAAAAGAAAUCAUUUACGCAU